GGAUUACGACGCUUUCAAGGUAAAAUCCGACUGGUUCACUGCCAGCUUCUGGACCGCGGACAUCGCAGUGUCUUUCGUCACCGGCUUCCACAACAGCGGUGGCUUCGUCCAGAGGCGUAUGCCAGAAGUGGUGCGCCACUAUAUUCGCAGCUGGUUCCCCAUCGACUGCUCCAUAGUCACAGUGGACUGGCUGCACAUUGCGAUCGACAGCUCGACAUCCACACAGUACAUGUCGUCUGUCCAGGCUGUCGGGAAGGUGACCGCCAAGAUCCUGCGCGUCUGCCGGCUGUUCCGCUUCAUGAAGAUGAACAAGAACGUGUCGGAGCUGCUGGAGACGAUCCAUUCCGAGUACAUGCUCACGGGGGUCAUGCUGAUGAAGCAUUUGGUCACCAUCGUACUGAUCAACCACUAUCCAGCACGCCAGGUACGGCCUGUCGACCGUUAG